AAAAAACCCCCCACAUCUGAUGAACGAACCGCAAGUGGGAGACUUCCGCAAGGUAUUGGAUAUUCAUGCCAACCACAUCCUGGGAUGGCUUCAGUUUUUGGUACAAGAGGCAUAGCUACCGUGUAUCCCAACUCUCUACUCUCGCACAUCGCUAAUCCUCCACCAGCAACAGACAGAGGAAGUGACGAUGACCUGGAUGACGAUGAAGAUGGAAUCACCGACACCGACGUUGCGCGAUCCAAGGAACGACCAGAGCUCGCCCACCAUCUGCAGAAUGACAGCUCCGUUCUUGCGCUCGCCGUAGGGGACAAAUACAUAUAUGCAGGAUCACAGGAUGGGGAGAUAGUCGUCUGGUCAUUGGCCUCAUUUGAGCUCGUUCACCGAAUUCAAGCACAUACCCGCGCGGUGCUCUGUCUGUUCCUCUCAGCAGAUGGUCAACUACUCUUCUCCAGUGCGGGCGAUGCCAUCGUUAAUGCUUGGUGCCCAAACGAUCUGAAGCGGCUAUAUCAUAUCUACAGUACUUACGAUGUGGGUGAUGUCUUCAGCGUGGCAUACUCCAAGCAGUUCGAGACGGUCUAUCUGGGGGCACAAAAUACGAGUAUCCAAUGGUGUAGCUUGAAAGAUUCAGCAACACGACCUCGCCCAAACCCAGACAGCCACCCAGACCGACGGAACCACAGAUUCUUCGAUUCUGUACAGCAUGGAGGAACCUCAACCCCUCGCCCUCAACCCAGUCGAAAUGCUCUCAGUGAUGGGGAAGUUUUGGAGAUAGACAAGGCACAUAUGAUGCAGUAUGCCCACUAUGGUUAUGUAUACUGUAUGCUGUUGGUUAGAGGGGUAACUCGACUGGUGGAAUCCGACGAAGAUGUCUUGAUAUCUGGUGGUGGAGACGGUACGAUCAAAAUCUGGAAGCUUGCCCAUGACAGCCAACCCAUAAAGGAACUGGCAUGUCUAGGGACUGACGAUGCCGAAUCUGUGUUGUCAAUGGCUGUAGAUGGAUCAUUUCUAUAUAGCAGCAAGCUUGAGGGAGUUGUUGAGUUGUGGGAUUUGGACACCAAACAAAAGUUACGAGUGAUUAGAGCACAUAAGGGAGAUGUUAUGACUUUGCAGAUGGGCUGGGGGUAUCUUUGGAGCGCAGGAUCGACGGGCUUUGCGAGGGUAAGCGUUCUCAUAUCGGUUUUCUUGCAUAGCUGCUGACCAACCUCACAACAGAAAUAUAGCACCGUACAGUACGGCCAAUACCAAAAUACGACCUCCUUUAGCCAAAAAUACCGUUGUAUGAGUAGAUGGAGAGCCCACGAGGGUCGGAUCUUAGCGUCAGCUGUUACUAUAUUCAAGGGUCAGCAACUCUACAUCACGGGUGGAAACGACAACUCUGUUUCGAUAUGGAACUUUACUGGCUGCAUCUCAGAGUCGCCCGGACUUGGGAGGUCUGAGGUGCCUGACAGUCAGCUUAUCAAGUCCUUGCAAGAAUUUGUAUCCUUUAAGACGAUUUCUUCUCGGCCUGAUCAUGCAGAGGAUUGUCGAAGGGGAGCCACGUUCCUUCGGACUCUUUUCAAAAAGCAUGGGGCGCAGACAGAGAUGCUGAACACAAAUGCACGGCAAAACCCUGUGGUAUAUGCGAAGUUCAAGGGCAACCCAGAAGUUUCCGCCAAACGAAAGAAGAUUCUAUUCUACGGACACUGUAAGUACCUUCCCUCGAGCUCAAUACUUUUGUACUGAUGUUAAAAAUAGAUGAUGUGGUUCCAGCCGAUAACAAACAGGGCCACUGGAUAAUUGACCCAUUCGAGAUGAAGGGUGUCAAUGGAUACUUAUAUGGCCGAGGAGUCUCUGACAACAAGGGACCGAUAAUGGCAGCUAUGUAUGGUGUGGUCGACCUUGUUCACGCGCAAGAACUUGAGUCCGAUGUGACGUUUCUUAUCGAGGGCGAAGAAGAAUCGGGAUCUCGUGGCUUCAAGGAUGCUGUUCGAAGGCACAAAGAACUCAUUGGAGAUAUCGACUAUAUCAUUCUAGCCAAUAGUUAUUGGUUAGACGAUGAAGUUCCUUGCUUGACUUAUGGUCUACGAGGAAUGCUUCAUGCUACGGUGAAGGUUGAUAGCAACCAUCCUGAUGUACACAGUGGUGUAGAUGGAAGUUUCAUGAUGGAUGAACCUCUAUUUGACUUGACCUCUGUUCUCGCCAAGCUCAAGGGGCUUCAUAAUCGCAUACAAAUUCCUGGAUUUUAUGAUGAUAUCUUGCCCUUGACCGAUGCAGAGGAGGCACGCUACAACGAUAUCACUGAUGUUUUGAUACAACGCAAUCCUGAACUGGGCCCUUCUGAGACUCUCAAAGCAUCUCUAAUGGCCAGAUGGCGCGAGCCGAAUCUGACUAUCCACCGCUAUAAAGUGUCUGGUCCUGAUGGGUCAUUGGUAUCCUCCCAUGCAAGCGCAGCAAUUUCCUUGCGCCUUGUACCAAAUCAAGAGGUCGAAGACGUAAUCAAGUCUCUUACGAACUUCCUUCAAGAUACGUUCGCAACACUCGACACUCACAACCACAUGUCCAUCACGAUAGACAACCAAGCCGAUGCCUGGCUCGGAGACCCCGAUAACGAGAUUUUCCAAACCCUUGAGGAAGCAAUCAUGGAUGUCUGGGGCCCCAUAGGAAAACCUCGACGACCAAGUGGCCCAGGGCCUCGCCAACAAAUUCUCCAAACUACAUCCACUCCAAAUGCGAGUCCAAGUCUCAAGCCCACACCCGCAACCACCAAGACUCUCACCAAUGGCAGCGAUCACACCUCCCUGGCUGAAGCCCCACUUCCUGCUUCUUCUGCUACCAGUAAUUCUGCCCGCGCUGAGUCAGAGAGUAAUUCCAGACGAGGCAGAAAACCACUAUAUAUCCGGGAAGGAGGCUCCAUUCCAAGUAUCCGAUUCCUGGAGAAGGAAUUUGGGGCUCCGGCUGCGCAUUUACCUUGUGGACAGGCGAGUGAUAGUGCACAUCUGGAUAAUGAGCGGUUGAGAGUCAGCAAUCUUUACAAGAGUCGUGAGAUCUUUCGCAAGGUAUUAAAGGAGUUGCCGAGGAAGUAGUGAAAUAUUUGGCGCUUUUUUGAUGCAGGAAAUGAAUUAAUAGCCAUUUUCUUUUGCCCUUUUUUCUUCUUCUUGUACUUGUGGAUAUGAGGAUUUUCACAAAAAGGAUGUGCUAAUGUGGAGGGGAGGAUGGGAGAGAUAAUACUGGGUGUGAUUUGACAGGAGGGCGAGGAGUUCUUCUCUGAAACAAAAUGGCGUUGUGAUUUUGCUUCCUUCUUUUUUUUUUGACACUUGUACAUACACAUUUACAGGGAUACCCUCGCAGGGAGUCAGCGGAAUUGAGCAUCUUCUUUUUUAAAGAAAAAU